AUGGACAACCGCGCAAUACGCCUCCCACCAACAACCCGGCGCAACAUCUUCGCCUCGCACACCGCCCAAAACCCAGACCAGCGACAACAACCACAACACGCACCCGCACGUCGCCAAAACGGCGCCGCACCCUCGGUCCGCCCCGACAGCCGCGAAAUAGAAGCCGACAUCUUCAGUUCCUCCGCCGACGAAGAUUUCGUCGAGCGCGACGCCCUAGGCGAAUACAUAGUCAAGGCGCCAACGCCCGUGUACCGCGACAUGGGCGUCGGCAGCGAAGAGGACGACGAGUCUGAGCAGGAGAAUCAAGUUAUCAAUCUCUACGGCAAGACGAAUGCGCAGUGGGAUAUGGAGGCUGUGGAAGAGGAGAUUCGGGCUGCGCUGAAGAGUAGCUUGAAGAAGAAGGUUGGCAGUUUGGAGGAUGAUAGGUGGAUGUUUGAGGGGGAGGGGGAGGGCAGGAAGUAG